AAUAUCAACAUGGCGACUGGGUGGAAGGUCCUUGCUUUGUUCCUUGCACCCAUAACUAUUGCUUCAGUUGUUGUUAGCAAAGAUGUAGAUGAUGAAUCUGUAGCAUUUGAUACUUCUAGCCAACAUGGUCUCAACGUAGAUUCCUUCCAAGCUGCUCUAAAUGAAACGAAAUUGGACAAAAGGUACCUCAUCUACGAUGUUAAUCCAGGAGAGGGUUUUAAUCUACGGCGGGAUGUCUACAUGAGAGUGGCAAAUAUGAUGAAACUUCUUCGAGAAAAACAAAACUGGGUGCUUGUAGUUCCACCUUGGAGAAAAUUAUAUCACUGGCGAUCACCGAUCGAGCAGAAUGCUCUUCCAUGGCGAACAUUCUUCGAUCUCGAGAGCUUAAACAGAUAUGUUCCUGUCAUUGAAUUCGAAGACUUUGUGAAAGAAACUGGCGAAUCAGGUAUAGAUGAAAUUCUCUAUUUACAGGGAUACGCAGAAGGCUGGAAGGAUGGGCAUUGGGAAGAAAAAGUCGAUGAUCGUGAUUGUAUAGACAGACCUGUUUACUACAAAGACCAAGACGGUUUUUAUCGAGGAUAUUUUUGGGGAAUGGAUAAUGUAUUCGCGCGUAAAUUUAAAUGUGUAUCUGUGCAAGGCACUUCAGCUAUUUUAGUGUCUUUACUGGAGAAAACCAAAUCCAGGUAAGCUCUGUUUUAUUUUAUUUUAUAAUACCAUCUAUUUAAACUCAUCGCUUGCUUUAGGUAACCUUGAAUUGAAUUAGUUUGUAAUGUUAUUUAUGAGCAUCAAUAGCACUUGAAAUUUAUUCAUCUUCCACGUGUAAUCCAUAGUGCGAUGGCUGGUGUUUUGUCUGACAGUCAUAGCUGCCAUAAAGCACCACCAACAACUGGUACAACGAAUAGUCGGAGUUUUUUUAUUCUUUGUUUCAACAAUAAAGAAUAUUAUAUCUAUAACCAUAAACUAUCUUUUCAGAUAUAAAUUUAGUUUAUUUAAUUAAUUUUAAUGUCAUGUGAUUUCUAAAUCAACAUUUUAAUUUAAAUCAUAUUGCUUACUUUCACGGACUAUUGUUGUCUCUAAAUGGAACAAAAAGCCCAUGCAGCUAAGGCCGAAAUCCAGGAUAAUACCAUUCAUGUAUGGCUAGAAGGCAGACUGUUCUCAGGAUGAAAAAAAACAAGAUCUAAAAUUAUUGUGGAAGAAAGAAAUCUAGAAAUAAGAUUGUUGAAAUAUGGAAAUUUUAUCUUGCUCACUCAGUAUGAGAUCAUUCUUAGGUCAAUCCUGUAUUUCAACCUAUUUCCUGAUCCUGGACUACCUUCUCGCAUUUCACAAAAAUAACAACUCUGAAAUAAGUGAUUAAAGGGAAAAAAAAUAACAAAAUGCUCUACCAUUCCUUCUUGUAAAAUAUAUUAUUAUGGUCUCUUACUUCUCAAUUGCUAGUUUUGACUUGUGUUACUUUUCACUGACAAGUUGACUUGAAUUUCUUGGAAGGCUAUAGAUAAAAGAAUUCUCUUCUCUUUCUCAAAGCACAAAAAAAGCAAUUUUUUGGCCUCACGGGCAGGCACUAUCUCACUCCUUGUGAAUGUCCAGUCCUCCGACUCACGUUGUUUACCUCAGGCCCUAUAUUUUUUGUUAUGCACAUUCUAGGGUAAACACCGGACAAUCUCAUCCUUUGGCUCAGGCUUUGGUCUUGGAAAAAAUACCUUUAAAGCAUGUCCGUCACGUUUUUAGUCAACCAUGAAAAAGAGAUCUGGGGGAGAAUUUUAACUACCUUGUGAAGUAAUUCUCUUGGAGCUCUUCUUUCCAGAGUAACUUCAUUUUUUUCACCUUUCCAGAUCAGUGUUUGUAGACAGAUUUGAAGAAGUGUUGCACAUUGUGUAUGGACAGAAGGAUUACUGGGAGGUACUGUGCCUCAUUUUUUUCCUGAUGUUUUCAUUAUUUCAGAUCAGUAAUGAUUGACAGAUUUGAAAAGGUUUUGCACAUCCAUUAUGGUCAGGUGGAAUAUUGGAAGGUAAUAUGUCUUCAAACAAUCAAGCUAAGAUCAAGUGAUUUGGGCGGUUUGACCAGAAUACAGCUUGUCUAUAAGCUUCAAGGGGCAAUUUGGACAAAAUUCCCAGGAGCGAAUGGGUUUAGAACACCAAAAUGCUGCAGAUUUCAAGAGCAAAAACUGAGCAACCGAUAGACGUACAGAGGGACUACAGUGCUGCAACUGGGGCUACCUAGAUAAAGUUAACCAAUGCAAUAAUAAAUUUGGUUCUUAAAGUGUAUUACACAUAAAUUACAAUACAUUCCAAGAAAGUUGGUUGUGGGCCAAUCAGAAGCUCAUAAGAAAAACAAGGAGUUAGUAGAAGCUCAAAAUUUAUAUAGUGAUCGUAAAUUGUUCCAAAAUAGUAAAACAUUUCGAUCUGAAACUUUAUAUAUUAUGCCGAGGAAAUACAUUUUCGACAGUAGUAGAUGUUAUGCACCUAUCAAUGUAAACCCCGUGGGGGGGGGGGGCAAGGGGUGGGGAUUUGACAAAUUUUAAAAUUUUUUGAUCAAAUUCCCCAGGGUGGGAAACGAAAGGUCAAUCAAAAGUGUCAAAAAAGCCCCCACCCCAGGGGAAAAAAUCUAAACAAACAAUACUAUAAUACUGUAUAAAACAAAUUAAAAGAACAUUUCAAAAGUACGUCCUUACUAAACGUAAGCUCCGUUAAAUUACUCGCUGUAAUUAAGUAUUUUCUCUCUCCACUAGCGUCUCUUAUUUUGAACAACAAAAUCACUCUAGGAAGAUUGACCGUGCUAUUAUGAUAUUAAUGAAACGUAAAAUGCUUUAUAACAUCUGCUCAACAUGUCGGAACAGGUCUGAUCAGAGACCGGUAAAAAAUCCUCAGACUUUCAUGGUGGAAUUCGAUUUCAAUCGCAUUUUAUAAUCAGAUGGGAACUUGAAGAUAAAAACUUUCUCAAAAUAGACAUUAUCUGUUUAGAUGACAGUUUAAAGUAUCGCAUUAUGGCGACAGGAGCCGAUUAAAACAAAUGAAAACUUCACACCUUUCUCCAACAGAGUGACUUUCAGAAAGCCUCGAAGGACGGAUUUGGUAACCGCUUCUGAAUUGAUACCAGGCUUCUGUCAGUCAAAGUCAAAUGUCCCAACCCUGGGGUCGCUUCGCCGAUCAAAAGCCUGACAGGGGGAUAGUCUCAGGCAUCAAAUCCCCGCCCCUUGCCCCCACCCCCCACGGGAUUUACAUUGAUAGGUGCAUUAUUUUGUUGUCUGCCAGCAAUUUCGUUGCUCACAUUGCCACACAUUGAAGUAACAUAUAUAUUACCUAAAGUCAAAAAUAUAACUGAUGUUUACAAUUUUCACCUCUGUCAAUCAUUCUAGCAGACCUCUUAGGAAACAAAGGCUUUCUUCAGUGGGUUCAAAAGGUCAUGUUUGCAAGUUGUAAUAAUUUGGUUGAUUUCGAUCCAUAUUGUCUUUAGCUCUGAUAAUAGGCAGCCUUAGCAAUGAUGACAGAGAUUGCUGGAAAAACAUCACUUUCAAAAUCAGUUUGCACUUUUUCAAAUCUUGUGAUUUAAAUUACAUAUUCUAACUUGCUUAAAAUUUCAUAUGUAGGUGAAAUUUCCCGGACUUAGACCCUUGGGGACAAGACCCAAGUUUAAUAACAGAGAAUUACUUGGCAUUUGUUUAUGUUGUCCAUAAAAUUAAUUUAUAUCAAAUAAGGAAACUUCAUAUGUUGUUUUACAGUACCAAAAAGUGUAGUCAAAAAAUAGUGUUAAACCUAUCGCUUUUUUGUUUGUUUUUGUUGCUGUUGCCAUGGUUGUUGUUUAAGCUCUCUAAUGUCUAAUGUUGAAAGGGAGCUGAGUUGACAAUGACUCUAAUCAGUACUUGUCUCAAACCUAGGCAAGAAGAAGCCUAGUGUUUGCCAAGCACCUGACAGCAGAAGGAGACAAAUUCCGUAAAGAGAUACUGAAAUCAGAGGACAACAAAGAUGGCACUGUCAUGGAUGAAGACUGGACAAAAAACCACAAAAAGGAGGGUAGUGCUACGGGUGGCCCAUACCUGGCUGUUCACCUGAGAAGAGCUGAUUUUCUUUAUGCACAUCCUGAUGAUGUACCAUCAUUAGAUAACACUAUCAAACAGAUCAAGGAGAUUCUAGAUAAGCAAAAGCUUGACAUGGUGUUUCUUGCUACUGAUGCUGACAAAGAAGGUGAGAUGCAAAGUAUUGUUUAAAAAAAAUACCUUUACCUUUUCAAGGCUGUUGCUAUGUUUUUAAAUUGCUGGGUACGUAGCUUGAGAAAACAGCCGACAUCUUGUGAUCCCACCACUGGUUGUCCCGUGAAAUGACGUCUGAGAAAUGAGUCAGCUGAAAUUCUAUACUGAUGAUGUGUUACUACCUAAAUCUGGGUAGUGCUUCUGAUUGGCUGAUGCAAAUUUCCCAUGCAGCAUGACCAAUCAGAAACACUACCCAGACCAUCAACAGUAUGGACACAGGAAAAAAUAACGGAUUCCCAAUUUUGGAUAUUUUAGGGUAUUUAACCCAUUCGCCCCUGACCCGCCCGUAACUGCCCGUGCAGAUCCACAUCCUUUCUACCCUUUGUGACGUCAUCAGGUUUAACGGUCAAGGACAACUUUGUCCGCUAACUUGUGCAGAGUGAAGAGAUCUUUCAAACCAUACCAGAAUGAGCACAAUUCAGUCAAGGACACCGGAGAAAGAGGCAAAAAACCAUGUAACAUUGACCUGAAAAUCUCCAUGAAAAUCUUGUUUCAUUGCCCACCUACCUUUCCUUUCACCUAAUCCUAAGAUCCUAAAAGCUUUCCUAAAAACUAUUCCCACCAAAAUGAAGCCUACUAAAUGCCCAGCAAGUCCAUGAAGUCUACGACCUGUAAACCGGUUUGUGGUAAGUUUUAGCUCUUUAUAGCACGACAGUGACCAGAAAACCACUCGACUAGCUUCAAAAUGUGUUUUUCGGCAAAAUCUCCAGGAGCGAAUGGGUUAAAGAAUACCCAUAAAAAUCCCAAAGUUGGAAGAGGGAGACAAGUCCCAAUCUGGGAACUUAGUUGGGAAUUCCCUGGUUGGGACUUGUCUCACUUUGCCAAAUUUGGGAUUUUUUAUGGGUAUUCUUUAAAUACCCUAAAAUAUCCAAAAAUGGGAAUCCGUUAUUUUUUCCUGUGGGAAUUUCUGUGGUCGUUCUGUAGACGUCAUUUUGCAGGGAAACCAGUGAUGGUGUCACAAAAUGUUGUCUGUUUUCUCAGGCUACUGGGCAUAUGAAACUAAGUGGGCUAGGCAGGAAAUUGAACAGAAGUGGAAUUUCUUUUGGUUAUAUUUUCCUUUUGUUUCCAGUGAAAAUCCCUUUGGGUUAUGCUCACAGAAGCUGGGGAAAUCCUGACCCCCAGCCAGCUCAGUGACAGCCUUGUUUGAAUAGAUAUGGAACUGUUCCUAGAACCUAGGGAAAUACCCAUCACAGAUUCGAGAACCAGCAACAAGCUCAACACUGUCAAAGACCUUGAAAUUUGAUACCAUUGAUGAUAUAUCUCAGUUACCGAUAAAUAGUCUUACAAAGAACUGUUGAGGAUUGCAUACUAAUUAACACUUCAGUGCAAGGACAGCAAAAAAGUUCGGAGUGAAAGAAAGUGUUUUGGUGUUUGGAGAUGGUCCCAGUUGGCUUGCUGGUUGAGUUGGUAAUGGUACUCAGGACCAGUAUCGCAGAGCAGGUCAGGAUUUCAAUACCAGCAAGCUUGAAUUUUUUUCAGGCUCUCUUUUUCCAGCUGCUCUUAAGUUGUAUAUUAAAAAUCUGUGAUGGUCUUCUCUGCAUUUAUUUCUUUAUCCCACAGUUCAAAUACAUGAAAUUAAUAUAUUCAUCUUCAUCUUCCCCGGGUAUGUUACAAUUGGCCAGCCCCCAGUUGGCUUGCUAGCUCAAUAUUGGUUGGAGCGCUGCACUGGCAUUACGAAAAUUCAGGCUUUCUUUUCGCAACUGCAUAAGCUGUGUAUUUAACUGUGAUGAUCUUCACUGCAUUUACUUCUUCAUCCUGCAUUUGAAAUAUAUGAAAUUAAUAUAUUCAUCAUUUAAUAACUAAGUUUCUUUACAUUUUUGUAGUUACACCGAUAUUGACACUACUGUCAACUCUGCACAUUAGUUUUAUUCAGACUGAUUUUCCUCAGCAUGUUCUGUUCAUUUGUUUGUUCUUUAACCAAUGUCCAACAGUUGCGAAUCAUGAAUAAUUUCGAACGUAUAAUGAACGUAUGCCGGAUGAUUGCCUCACAAUACAAGGGGCAUGUAACUCUGAGUAGCAAUAAAUGUUCAAGAUUUAAUCCAGUUCUAUCAGUCUACUUAUAACAGUACUAUAUUGUUUUAUAAUUUCUUUUCCCAUUUCAGAAAUAGAUUAUUUGAAGAACAAACUUCCUUUGGUCAAGUAUGAUGCUCCAAAAAAGAUUUUACAAACAUAUGGUGAUGGAGGGGUAGCUAUCAUUGAUCAGUGGAUUUGUGCUCAUGCAAAGUAUUUUGUCGGGACGUGCGAGUCAACAUUUUCUUUUCGCAUUCAUGAAGAAAGAGACAUAUUAGGUUUCCAUGGUGACCAAACCUUUAAUUGUCUCUGUGGUGAUAAGGAGCUUGGAAAAUGUGAACAACCAUCCAAAUGGAGAGUAGUUUACUAAGUUAUCAUUUGUAUUUAUUGCAUGUCUAAUAUGAAUUUAUUAAUUUUUAUUACUUGCUUCUGUAGGAAGUUUAAGUUAUGUUUAGGUAGGUUUCAAUAAUUCAACUGGAGGUAUUGUAAGAAAAAUAUGAUGUUAUGAAUUCAAUGUCAUUCAAUGUGUACUUAAUUUAAAAUAUAUUUUCCAAAAUCAACAGAGGUGACUGAUCUUGAUAUUAAACUUAUGUAGUGGGAAGACAAUAUUUGCUAGUUUUAUAAUAUGAGGUAUGCAGUAGGAAAAC